UUUACUUUAUAAAGUUUCACUACUUAACCUAAUCUCUAUGUAUCUAAGGCAUCGCCCAUAUAUACUUUACAUUAACGUAUACCUUGUGUUAUAGUCUAAUCUCUCUUUGUCUUCUUAGUUUAUUGUUUUGUUUUGUUGGGAGUGUGUUUGGAAUGUAUAAUGCAAGCCCUAGGUUGGAAGAAAGGCAGGUUGGAGAUGAUGAUUACAAGAAAGUUGUGGUGAGGUACAAGGAAUGCCUAAAGAACCAUGCCGCCGCCAUCGGAGGGAACGCCACAGACGGGUGCGGUGAGUUCAUUUCGAACGGCGAAGAAGGCUCCCUCGAGGCGUUAAUGUGCUCGGCUUGCAACUGUCAUCGGAACUUCCAUCGGAAAGAGAUAGAUUGUGAUUGCCCUUCCAAUUGUUGCCACCGUAAACUCAUCUUGGGUCCUCAUAGUUACAUCUUGAGCUCACCCCAUGGGAACCCUACUGCAGAAGCUACUGCUACUACCUUGAUUUCCUCGAGGGAAGAACUGCCUCGGCAGAUGAUAAUGUCGUUCAAAGGCGGAUCGAUUCCUUCGGAAACCGACGAGAAAGACGAAGGACGAGUCGGGACGAAGGGGAGGAAAAGGUUUAGGACCAAGUUCAGCCAAGAGCAAAAGGAGAAGAUGUUCAGCUUUGCAGAGAAAGCUGGUUGGGGGAUUCAGAAGCUGGAUGAGAGUGUUGUGCAGCAAUUUUGCCAAGAGAUUGGAAUCAAGAGGAGGGCACUUAAGGUGUGGAUGCACAACAAUAAGCAAAGCUUUGCAAAGAAACACAAUUUAUCUGCGGGUGCUGGUUAAAUUAAUUAACU